AUGCAGUCAAGAAACGUGACUCUGCCAAAAGAAAACAAAUGGAAAAUCACAGAAAUAAACCUGACUGUGCCUGUGGAAUUUGUCCUCUUGGGAUUUUCUGAUGUUCCCAAAUUGCACUGGUUUCUCUUUGGAAUCUUCCUCUUCAUCUAUGUGAUUAUCCUCCUGGGGAAUGGAAUCAUUAUUCUCAUCACAAGGAUAGAGCCCACUCUGCAGACUCCCAUAUAUUUUUUCAUCAGGAAUUUUUCUUUCCUAGAAAUCUGCUAUGUGUCUGUCACUCUGCCCAGAAUGCUUAUGGAUCUUUGUACUUUGAAAGGAAAUAUUUCUUUUUAUUCUUGUGCUACACAAAUGUGCUUCUUCCUUAUUCUAGGGACAACAGAGUGCUACCUCCUGGCUGUGAUGGCCUAUGACCGCUAUGUGGCCAUAUGCAACCCUCUGCACUACUCUCUAGUCAUGAGCCAUAAGGUGUGUAACCAGCUGGUGGUCGGCUCCUGGGUCAUUGCAAUUCUCAUUCAGCUAGGGCAGACAUAUCAGAUUAUGUCUCUGCCUUUCUGUAAAUCUAAUGAACUUAACCACUUCUUCUGUGACAUACCCCCUUUGCUCAAAGUGGCUUGUGGGGACAUCUUUGUGAAUGAGAUGGUGGUCUAUAUAUCUACUGUUUUUGUUGUCACUAUGCCCUUCAUGCUGAUCCUUGUGUCCUAUAGCAGAAUCAUUACAACCAUACUGAAGUUGCCAUCAAACAAAGGAAGAUCCAAAGCCUUUUCUACCUGCUCUUCCCACAUUAUAGUUGUAGUUUUAUUCUAUGGAUCAGCCAGUAUCACAUAUCUAAAACCUAAAUCUAAUGAGUAUGAAGAAACAGACAAACUCCUCUCUCUUUUCUAUACCAUUUUGACCCCAAUGUUCAAUCCCCUGAUAUACAGCCUGAGGAACAAAGAUGUUACAGGGGCAUUGAGAAAAUUCUUUUCCAGACUGUUUGCAUUGCGAGACAAUUAA